UUGUUAAAAUAUGGCGCCCAAUAAUCAUCGUAUGAUGAUGAUCAAUAAUGAUCGAUCAAGAACGUUCAAUAGUGAUCGACAACAUUGGACAAUUAUCAAAUUAUUUAUGGCCAUCAUCAUCAUCAUAUCAAUGUCAACAAAAACUGUUGAUGCAUCCGGCUAUUUUGAAUUACAAUUUAUUGAAGGCAUUAGAAAUUCAACAACAAUACAUGUUUGUUUGAAAGAAUUUUGGAAUUCACAAAUCAAUCUAAAUCGUUGUACAUUUGGCCAAAAAACAAUCAUUUAUUAUGAACAACAACAAUCACAACAACAUUCGAAACAAUCAAUGAUUCGAAUACCAUUCAGUUUUCGUUGGAUUGGAUCAUUUUCAUUUACAAUUCAUUUGGCUGAUGAUAGUGAAUGGUCAUUGUCGUCAUCAUCAUCGUCAUCGUCAGUGGCAAUGGCAAUGGAUAGAUUUAUUGUUGAAGAUGAAUUCGCAGUACCCGGUAUACAUUGGAAAUAUCGUACAUUUCAUGCACGUGAUGGACGUAUUAUAUCGAUUCGUUUCCGUAUCGAUUGUGAUCAUUAUUAUCAUUCCGAUGAUUGUGCUACAUUCUGUCGUGAACGUAAUGAUACAUUUGGUCAUUAUUCUUGUGAAAAGAAAUCCGGACAUAAACAUUGUUUGAAUGGUUGGAAAGGUGAAAACUGUGAUAAACCAAAAUGUCGAAAUGGCUGUAAUGAAGCACAUGGAUAUUGUGAAAUGCCCAAUGAAUGUCAAUGUCGUAGUGGGUGGCGUGGUCAAAAUUGUGAUGAAUGUGUACCAUAUCCAGGGUGUCUACACGGAUAUUGUGUUUCACCAUUUCAAUGUAUUUGUCAAAGAAAUUGGGGUGGAAUAUUAUGCGAUCAAGAUUUAAACUAUUGUGGUACACAUGAACCAUGUUUGAAUGAUGGACGUUGUGAAAAUAUUGCCCCCGAUAAUUAUAGAUGUGUAUGCAAAAAAGGCUUUUCCGGCGUUAAUUGUCAGAUCGUAGAAGAUGCAUGUGCCACUUCUCCUUGUUUACAUGAUGGAACAUGUAUAACGUUGGCAAAUGGAACGGAUUUUCGUUGUAUGUGUCGGCCAGGAUUUUCCGGUAAACGAUGUGAAAAUGACCUAAAUGAAUGUGCAUCACAACCUUGUAUGAAUGGUGCUACUUGUCAUGAUUUGGAAAAUAAUUACCGUUGUACAUGUCCAAGUGGUUGGACCGGUGAUCGUUGUCAACAGGAUGUGGAUGAAUGUUCAGCACUUGUAACACCUUGUAUCCGUGCCAGUGCUUGCAUCAAUAUCAAUGGAAGUUAUAUCUGUGUAUGUGAAAAAGGAUUCGAAGGUCUAUUCUGCGAAAAUGAAGUUGAUGAUUGUAAACAUAAUCAAAUUAAUUGCCAAAAUGGUGGCUUCUGUAUUGAUUUAGUCAAUGAUUUUCGUUGUGUUUGUUCAACCGGUUUCACUGGGCCACGAUGUGAUCGUAUCGAUGAAUCGGUUUGUGAUCUUCUACCGAAUCAUGUAUGGCGAUUGAAUGAAACUGGAUGUGAAAAAAUCUGUGUUUGCCGUAAUAAUUCACGUGUCGCAUGUAAAUGUCAAGAAGAAUCCAAAUGUAAUCUUAAAUUAGAUGAUGAUGAUCGAACAAAUCUUUCAGAAAUUCAUGUCGUUUUCGAUUCGAAUGCAAGUAGACAUGCAUGUAAUGCGAUACAAUCGAUACAUUCAUUACUAACAAUCGAUACUAAUGAUGAUGAUGAUGCUGGUGGUGGUGGUGGUGGUGGUGAUGAAUUCUGUUGUGAAAUUCGAAUGUCAACCGAUGGUGGUACAAUCGUCACCGGUAAUGAAGUUAUAAUACAAGUUAAUAAACAAUCAUCACUGGCUCAAUAUAUAACACGAACGAUAUUUCCACACAUAUUACAUGUGAUUGUAAAUACCGAAAAUAUUCGACAAUCCGAUUGGUCCGUUGUUAAUUUAUUCAUAAUACUCGUAUUCACUGCCAUCACUGUAACCGGAAUAUUGAUGGCAAAAUCUUAUUAUCGUCGUAAAAAACAUGAAGCAGAUGCUGAAAAUGUUGUCAUACAUUGUAUACAGAAUAAUUUAAAACAAUCACAACAAUCGCCUUCGAUGAUGAUGAUGAUGAUUGGUGGUGGUGGUGGUAAUAAUCGUCCAUUAACACCGCCGAAUCAAAAACUUUGCAACACUGUUUAUUGUGGUGGUAAUAAUCAUAAUCAAACAAAUAUGGAUAGUUUUCAUCGAACCAAACCAGUAUUAUCUUAUUGUUCCAAAUUGAUGGUUUCAUCACCAACGAUUUCGAAUAAAACUAAAAUGAUUGAUUAGUUUUUUUUUGAUACACACACACACUCACAAACACGAACAACUUAUUGUAAAUUUCUUUUGGUUUCCUCAAACAUUUCACUUUUUUUGUAUAUUUAAAUAUUCUCUUCUCAUCUC